AUGUGCGGCAUAUUAGCUAUUUUUCAUUCGUCCAUUGAAAAACAUGGGCUACGGAGGAAGGCCUUAGAAUUAUCCAAAAAGCUAAGACACCGUGGGCCAGACUGGAAUGGCAUAGUCGUCGAACAUAACGAAGAUGGAACAACAAAUGUAAUUGCACACGAGAGACUAGCAAUCGUUGAUGUGCUCUCAGGGCAUCAACCCCUUUAUGAUGAAGAAAGGGAAAUAUGUUUAACCAUAAAUGGAGAAAUUUACAAUCACAUGGAUUUGAGGAAACUAAUUAAGCAGGACGUUUUAAAGAGUCUAACUAGCCAAUCUGAUUGUGCAGUAAUACCAAAUUUAUACAAAGAGUAUAAAGAAAAAGUACCAUCUAUGUUAAAUGGCAUAUUUGCUGGUGUCAUCAGUGACAAGAAAAAUAACACAUUUUUUGCAUUUAGGGAUCCCAUAGGGGUGUGUCCUUUAUACAUCGGAUAUGCAUUUGACGGAUCCAUUUGGUUUGCUUCUGAAUUUAAGGCAUUAAAGGGUAGUUGCAUUCGAUAUAUUAAUUUUCCACCAGGACAUUACUACAUUAAUAGAAAGAACAAGGGAGAAUUUGUUCGUUACUUUAAUCCAAAUUGGUGGGAUUUAAGUAGUCCUAUACCAAAUAAUAAAGCCGAUUUAGAAAAAAUUCGCUUGCAUCUAGAAAAAGCUGUAAUUAAGAGACUCAUGGGAGAUGUACCAUUUGGUGUUCUAUUAUCUGGUGGCUUGGAUUCUUCCAUAGUAGCUGCUAUUGUUUCUAAGCAUUUGAAGAAGAUUCACCAUGCAGAUCCGUUCUCCAACGGAAAUGACAUGAUCGAGGGAAAUCAUACUAACAAUGAUAACAGGAAUGAAAAUUUCUACAAACUUAAAAGUUUUUCUAUUGGUCUGAAGAAUGCACCAGACUUAAAAGCCGCGAGAGAAGUAGCCAAUUUUCUUGGAAGUGAACACACAGAAUUUCACUUCACAGUAGAAGAAGGAAUAGAUUCCUUACAUGAUGUAAUAUAUUACAUAGAGACGUAUGACAUUACUACAAUACGUGCUUCUACCCCAAUGUAUAUUUUAUCAAGACUGAUAAAAAGUAGUUGUGUAAAAAUGGUUCUUAGUGGAGAAGGAUCUGAUGAAAUAUUUGGUGGAUAUUUAUAUUUUCAUAAAGCACCUAAUGGGGAAGAAUUUCAUCGAGAAUUGCAAAGAAAAGUUCACGAUUUGCAUAUUUUUGAUUGUUUGCGAGCAAAUAAAUCUACUAUGGCAUUUGGAAUUGAAGCUCGUGUGCCGUUUUUAGACUUAGAAUUGUUAGACCUCGUUAUGAAUAUUGAUCCCAAGGAAAAAAUGUGUUCUAAUGGUCGUAUUGAAAAAGAUAUUUUGAGACGCGCAUUCGUUGGCUAUUUACCUGAUCAUAUUUUAUACAGACAAAAGGAACAAUUCUCAGAUGGUGUUGGAUACAGCUGGAUCGAUGGUCUAAAAGAAUAUGCAGAAAGUAAAAUUUCCGAUAUACAAUUUUCAAGAGCACCUUUUCUAUUCCCAUAUAAUACUCCUAAAACUAAGGAAGCUUAUUUGUACAGAUGUAUAUUUUCUGAAUGCUUCCCAGAACAGUGCGCACAAGAGUCUGUACCAGAGGGAUCAUCUAUCGCUUGCUCAUCUAGUAAAGCUGUAGAAUGGGAUGAAUCUUUUAAACAAAAUCCAGAUCAGUCUGGUAGGUCUGUCUUGGGUAUCCACCACAGCUCCAAGCAGUUCUCUGAUGUGAAGCCGAUUCAACUUGUCAACGAUGAAAAUAGGGUGUUUUUGGUCCCCACGAACUGA